AUCUUUCCUCCAUUCGAUCCGUGACUUGGUGAUUCCACGAGAGAGCGAAGGAGAACGGGGAAUCCCGCUGGAAUUUAUCUGCGGCCAAGUUUGUAGAGGUUUCUGAUGAGGACCAUUUUGGUAGUCCAAACAAAAACUUGUCCAAACUCAAAGGAAAUCCUCACAUCUUCUGCAGCAAGUUCUUCAAUUCUGCUGUGAAGGUUUGCAAUUGAUGAAUUCAUCUACAAUGGCUUCUUUGACCAAUGGAUUCAACUCAUCAGGUAACAGACAAGAAGAAGAUGGGGCAAUACCAGAAGUUGCUUCAGCUCCCAGCUUACAUGCAGAACCUGAAGAAAUCGAGAGGAAAGCUCGGGUGGAUGCUGUAUGGCAGCAAAUGAAUAAAGGAGUAUCUACUAAGACUCUCAAAUCUAUCUCAAAUAAGCAUAGUUCAACUGUAAAUAAAACUACACAGAAUGGUUCUGCUAGCUGGAUGUCAUUUCUGGGCCUGGCAAAGACGAAAGCAGCACUUCCUCAGCAAGACAAGCGAGAAAAGCAACCCAAUCAUAAACAGAAUAGCAUCAGUGAUGAAGAAGCUAAGAAGCUUGCUGCUGCUGCACUAUCAGCAGUUGAGGAUGCUGCUGCUCUUGCUGCGGCUUCAGAGAAGGGGAAACUUGAGAUCUCUGAGGUCCGAGGCCUUGUGGGUCAUGAUACUGAAGGAAAGAAGCUUAUUGGUAACAGUCCAAAGGAGACAUACGAAAAGGCUAAAGCCCCAGUAUCAGCCCCUUCUGCUGUUGACGCUGUUCUUGAGCAAAUUAAGAAGAAGCAAAAGCUCAGUGUGCUUGACAAGACAAAAAAGGAUUGGGGAGAAUACAAGGAAGAGAACAAGGGCUUGGAAGAUGAGCUGGAAGCUUACAAGAAGAGCUCAAAUCAGUACUUAGAAAGGGUAUCUUUCUUGCAGCGAGCAGAUUAUAGGGAAUUCGAGCGAGAAAGAGAUGUCCGGCUAGCAAUGCAGGCCAAGCGAAAAGCAGAUAUGCGAGAGGAUCCAUGAGUUGACUGCGGGGAGUGCUUGCAAACAACACUUCCAGCACACAUGGUACUUGAUCAUUUCACUACAUGGAAAUUGAACCGAGCAAGAAAACGAUCUAGAACGAAGCCUUUCAUGCGUAAGUGAUCUGAUUUGGAUGCACGGUCGUUGCCUUAAUAAUCAAUUUGCUGUCAGUCACUCCUCUGGAAGUUUCUCAUUGACCUUGAAGAAUGUAGAGCACAAAUAAUAUUUGUGCACUAAUUACCCCCAAAAUUGUUGCUAUGUUUCUGGUCCUAGAACCAGAAAUUCGUAUCAGCCUAUGUAUUCGCUCUCAUUUUUUUUUUCUCUUAAUUCUCAUUUCUUGUCUUUGCGGUUGACAACACCUCUUACUGCCAUUGACUGGCCUUCAAGUUCCAGUGUUCAAUUUGUAGCUGAAGAAUGCUAGGCUGUUUUACCGGUGGUUAUCUUCGAAGAUAAUCUGUGCAUUGUUGAGGCUUGUUACCCUGA